CCAUGACGAGAUCAGUCGCGAGGCGCGCCGUAUGUGCAAUAACGGCUAACGUGGACGCGACAGGUGCGCCCCGCUCGACUAUAUUUCCAUACAGCAGUGAGGCCGAAUUUUAUUGAGAGAGCACCUGUUGCGAGCUGUUUUUGUUGUUGCACCGGACUAAGGAUGGCUGAGGGAGAGGGGGAGUAUGGGUUUAUCAGCCGCGACCAAGGGUUGCUGGACCGCGCUGCGGAAGAACCGGACGCGAAGGAAGGGGAACCGCCAUCAGCACCGGAAGCGGACUCAGGUAGCACGGCAGGUAGUGACAGUGUGGCAGGUAGCAAGAGAGGAUCCCUGGUCAGCAACGCGAGCAGCAGCACCAAGCCAGACAUGGACUCAGACCAGGCAGCCAAAUCAACAGAUAUUGACUUGCCACAGAUUUUCCAGGUUAAAUAUUUAGGAAGGAAAGAGGCGAGAGGGCUGUGGGGAAUAAAACACACAAGAAGACCAGUCGACGCCAUGGUGGCCGCUGCUAAAUCCGCAACCAACUCUGGAGUGAUUUUGCCACUAGUGAGACUGACUGUAUCCAAAGACGGCGUUGGAUUGUCUGUUAUUACGUCCCAAAAGAAGCAUCCGAACUUACAGAGGCAAGACAGCGUGCAAACCGCUUUUUACCCUAUCGACACGAUCUCCUACGGUGUGCAGGACCUUGUGUACACGCGAGUGUUUUCCAUGAUUGUGGUGCGUGAGACGGCCGAACUGCGGGGCCAGCACCCUUUCGAAUGUCACGCGUACGUCUGCGACAGCCGCAACCACGCCAGGAGACUCACUUACGCACUCGCCGCCGCCUUCACCGAGUACUCGAGAGCAGUGCGGGCCGCCACCGGCGGCACGCUCGACGGCGUCGGCAAAAAGGCAAAGAAAUUCGCCAUCGACCUGAGAACACCUGAGCAGAUUGAGAAGGAACUGCAGGUGCCUGCCGAAGACGACUCAGAGGCGUGAACAAUUCGCACGCAGAGAGAAACUCACACCAAAGUUGAUUUGAACUAUUAUGUAUAUUUAAAGCGUUUGCACAACAUCAUAUUAUAUUCGAGUUUUUAUAUGUUUGUAUAUACAAAAUAUUAUUUGAAAUAAAAUGAGGCAUUCACAGAGAACAACUUUGUCAAUAGAGAUUCGAUUCUUGCGCAAGUUUUCAAUAAAAAUAAACUUUCUGGGAGAAUUCCACACCAGACAAGGGUAGAUCCAAAAUCAAUUUCAAAGAAACAUAGUGCGCUCUUCAAAUUCAGGGUAAAAUUCACUUUGACUGUUGCAUUGCGUAAAAUAAGAUGAAAUAAAAAUUAUGUAGGGCCUCUUUUUUAGCAUAACAUCUGCGUAACUAAUUAACAGACGUUCAUCUCCUUAUGCAAGACAUGAACUUAUUUUCACUUAUGCUGUAUAAGAGGGUUAAGUGUUGAGUAAGCCCCACACUCAGCGUCUUGCGGCUUGUGCGCAGUCCCUUGGAGAGCGGAAAGAUGCAAUAUUUGCGGAAAGGGAAACAAACAAGAAAAGAGAAUUGUGCCAACUGCAAUCAAUAAGCCCGCAGCGGCAGCUUGUAAAAAUAAACUCCUGGGAGUUGCAGAAAAGGAAAUAAGAGAGUAUAGCAUUCUUCAGUCAUGUGCUGGAUAAUGCAAUAAGGUGGAGUGCGCGCUUUUAGACAGGCGAAGCGAGCGGAGGCAAACAUUCCUGGCAGCGCGCUCCGCUCUCGUAUCGCCUAUUAUUUCGCCGCACUUUUUCAGCUUCCAAAAUCUAAUUAGUGCGCUGAUCUGGUUAGGGCCACUUGCUGGCCGCCUAUAUAAGCUCCGGCAACAGUCGACCGGCUACACACCAAAGUUCUCGCUUCUGG